AUGUCACCUUUAACAAAAUCCGCUGACUGGAAAACUUCUGGCUCAGUAUCAAAAUGGCGGGAGAACGAGGAAGUUCGAACUCGAAAGAAGGAGAGUAGAUUUAUUUGUCAAAUGGAGAUUCUUCCAAUCCUAGAGGCUAAGACGUCUCCAAAACCUAAUGUAUGGUAUGUUCUCUCUCCGGAGGGAGAUGGCCCAUGCAUUAGAGUAGGCCAUACUUGUACAUUUGUGGCUGGUGAAUCCAGACGUGUUUUAGUGAUCGGAGGAGCAAACCCUGAUGGAUCUUUUGCUGAUGUGUUUGUCUUGGAUCUAGGUGUGUUCUUAUAACAGUGUUUUCUUGUCUCUUAUUUACAAUUUAUUGGUUUAGACGAUGGUUUGGGGAGAUAACUAUCGUCUGGGUGAAACGGUUACCAUGGAGACUCGACUGACAGAUGUCAAGCUUACUUUAUAAUCGCUUCACCCGACAUUUAUAUAGCAGAUCAGUAGCCUGCAGCUGGUUGUUUCUUUUGUUGUAUAUAUAUUUCUUGGUUCAUAAAAAGUAAGAGAUUCAGCUACGUGAAAGCUGAACUGAUGACGAAAAAGAAAACAAUGGGUGGCAUGAAUAGCUAAUCAAUAACGAAUCAUCAGCUGUUUAAUAUUUAUUAUUAUUCAUUUAAAAUAUUUCCCCGAUUCUGAUUGGCUAAAAGCACACGUUUAAUUCACCAUAACCAGUCACUGAUGACCAAAUUUGGAAGAAAUUUGACUUUAACGAUGAAAUGACGUCAAAAAUGCAGCGUUUCGCAGGUUAAGGCACCGUUAACCGAGAAGACCUGGGGACGAGGUUGGGUUGUUUUGGUUGUGAACUUGAAAAAAUGGCGGACAUUUCACUCGUUUCAAGACUAAGAACUAGGCGAAAAAUUAGCUAAAAACAUGGCAAGAACAGCAAAAAGACAACUCGAAGGGCGAUAUCUGCUAUUUGGAGAAUAUUUGCGGAGCUGGACAAACCUAAACGUACACUAUCGAAGAUGAACAGAACAUCGAUGGAUCGAUGGAGGUAAGCACAUUUUAGCUAUGUUUUUAAACUAGGAAUUAUUUUGAAUGAAUAAUAAAACAGUUAUUGAAUUCGGCUUUCGUAUCUUAUGAAGAAUUAUGGAGAUCUCGGAGGGUGUUAUCCGCCUCGGCCUACGGCCUCGACGGAUAACACCCUUCCUCGAUCUCCAUAAUUCUUCAUAAGAUACUCAGCCUCAUUCAUUAACUGUUAAAUAUUGCUGUCACCAGAUGAGAAAGUAACGAGUGGCUAGUUUACUACAGUGAACAAGUUUUUCUGGCUUAUUGAGAAUCCAUUAUUUUGUCUCAUAAUGUCAUUUAUUAAUCAUUUGUGUUAUUCAUAACUUUUUGAUUACCUUCUGCAUUACUGGUCGACUAGCCUGCAGAGUGUGGCAGAAUUCAGGGAGAUCUUGCAUGUGCAGAGCCAUUUUGUACUGAGCCUAAUUUUAACAAAAAGACUGAUGCAUGCACUUGCCAUACUCAGCAGACUGACUCAUUGAUUUUGUGCUCACAGAUUACUUAUGUUAUUUCACUGCUUUCCCUUUUGGAAUUUCUAGUUUUUUGACUAUGAAAUGUAAGGUGUGAUUUUUUCUUUCCACUAUUUUUUGGGUACAUUAGAAAAAUAUGAGUGGAGCUGUCCAGAGUGGAAGGGCAUCGCCAGUCGUUAUGAGCACUCGGCAUUCAUUCCUGAGUGUAAUCCUCAGAGGGUUUAUGUAUUUGGUGGAGCUCAGCAAGCUACAAACUUGAAUGAUGUUCAAUUCCUUGAUUUAGGUAACGUGAGUAUUUUGUAUAGUCAUGUUCAAUAGUCACGUAGAGUACAUGUAUGUCAAUAAAAAUUAUAGGUUAAGAAGCUGGCAAAAUAUUCAAAAUCAGCCUUCAAUCAGCAUACUGUAUACAGCUAUUUCGGGAAAGGUUGUCGGAAAAAGUGCACGCAACAAUCCCGAAAGGCAUUGUGGGUGGUUUUGAGUUCUCUGUUUUUCAAAGAAAUUUGAAAGAAUUGGCACGAAAGGCCAUGAAAAUGUGUUUGCGAGUGCUAAAGGAAAGCAACAAAAGUAGGUUCGACAGCUACAGUCGUCAGGAACAGUGUAUUGAUCAUAUCCCACAUUACCUUUCGGGAUUAUUUCUGACAACCUUUCUCGAAAUAGCUGACACGGUAUGUACGUGUACACUGUAGGCACUUGAAGUAGCCACUGGAUUGUGAGGGAGGGUUUGUAGUUAUGGUAAUAUUAUUGUGUUUUUCUCAUUUGAAGAAUUAGCAACCGUUUUAGUAAUUAAUUAAGGUCUACCAGCAUGUAUUAACCCACUUGCCCCUGAACCACUCAUUACCACCCUUGCAGAUCCAUGUCCCUUGUACCCCUUGUGACAUUAUCAGUUUUAAUUUUGUCAUUUAACGGCCUGUUUACAUGGAGGUGGGGGACCCCAGAUAGGUGAGGAAACAUGUUGUGGGUCACCCCACUUAUCACAUAAGCGUGAUCAAAUUAAAAUGAGAUAUUAUAUGGACAGGUGGGUUACCCCACCUAAGCAGGUUACCUCACCUACCUGGGGUCCCCCACCUCUGUGUAAAAGUUAAAAGGUAAAAGUUGAGACUGCAUUGUCACUUAGCAUCCAAGAAUUGUUAUUACUUUGUGCACAUGCUAGAACUUUAGAAGCCAAUAUUUAGCAUCUGGAACAGAAGGCCUCAGAGUUCUUCUCGUAUAAACAGCAUGUUUUGGUUCUUUAUAGCGAGACAGUGACCAGGAAAAUGGUUUGACUAGCUUCAAAACCCAUUUUUGGGGAAAAUCCCAGGGAUGAAUAAGUACCGUUUAGCAAUUAUUUACAAAAUUAUCUUUCAGGGAAAGGCCAAUGGGAAACAGUUGAGACAAUAGGGAACCCACCUUCUCCAAGAACAUGUCAUUCUAUGGCGUCAGUAGGCAGCAAGUUUUAUGAGUUUGGAGGUGGAUUAAGUGGCCCUGAUCCUGUGCUAGAUACCACUUUGCAUGUCUUUAAUGCUGGUAAGAUGUACCAUCAUGACUGAAACUAGUAAUAUGUUUCACAUUAUUCUCCAUAUAAUGAUCUCCUUUUCUACUCCAAGUCAUUUCUCAUUCAGUGAGAAAAAUGUGUUUAAAAAUCAAGACAUAAUUGAAAUAAGUAUUAAACUACAUGUAGUGAUAACAUUUAAUACAGUGGUCAUAGUUAGUUGUAAAGGGUGAUCAAGUGAAACUUCCAUUAAGCGGACACCCUCGGGGUACCGGCAAGUAGCUGUUCAGGAGAGGUUUGGCAUUAAUCGGCAUCAUCUUUAGCAGAAACAUAACUUUAUUUUAAAACAAACAUGUGAUGGAAGAGGUCCAUGAUCAGUUGUCAGCUUCAAUCUUGGACUGUUUUUUCCUUCACCAUAUUCUUAAAAAGAGGUUAAACUAAGUGUAUCAAGACUUGAUACACUUAGUGUUUGAUGGUCACUUGAUAGAGGUGACAACAAUGGGACAACUCUGAUUGGGAUGGCCAAAAAGGGACCUGAGUUGUUUAAUUAAAUAGAGGUUUAAUUUGAACUUUUCUAUUAUUUUGGGACUUUGAUUUCUGGCCACUUACGUGUAGUACAGGCCCGGCGGGGGUACUUUAGAAAUUUCUGGGUGGGGAUGUGCCGCUGGGACCCUGGAAGCCUUGACCUAUACCAGAGCUAGUUCAGCUGAAUUUUGCUACCCUAUACUAGAGUAAACUCCCAAAAUCCCCCUAUCCUAGAGUAGCUGUUUCCCCAUUCUAGAUUAAAUCUUCAACCAACUGAUCAGUUUCCCGAAAAAUGAUACCCUAUUCUAGACCCAAAUGCUCUGAUUUAUAUACCCUAUCCUAGAGUAAACUGCUUGAAAACCAUACCCUUCACAGCGGCACAUACCCAUAUAGCCCAUAUAUGGCAGUACCGCCCCCCCCCCGGGAGUACAGGGUGGCGUCUUAAGGGAGGUUUGACUGUACCACUUUAAGACGGAAUCCCCUGAGAAAUUGAGUAAUUUAAAUUUUCAGUGGCCAAAAACCUUGUACCAGUGAGAAUAAUUUCAAGAAAGUCACAUUCAUUUUUACAUUUUCAAGGGCUGUAGAUAUAAUUAGUUAUCUGUAAUAGCAUCAAAGACUAUUUCUAAUGGGAGCCCAAGAAAAUAAAUGUCAAAUUUCACAAGAAUUCUGAAAACAUACAAUGUAGGUAAAAUUCUGAAAAUUUCAUGUGUAAGAUGUUUUUUUUUUUAAAAUUUGACUUCUAUUUUCUUGGGCUUUCAGAAGAAAUUUUCUUUGGUGUAUGUUAUUACAGAUAACUGAUUACAUCUAUAGCCCUUGAAAAAUGUAAAAAAGAAUGCGAUAUUGUGUAAAAUACUUUGGUACAAGGUUUUUGUCCACUAAAAAUUGGAAUUACUCAAUUUCCUGAUGGAUUCUGUGUUAAUACUAAUCAAGUUCAGAUUUACAGUAUAGCCCAUACGUGAAGCAUGCGGGCCAUAAAUACAUUAAGAGUGGGAAAAAAACAAUAAAAUUUUUCCAUUUUCUGUUACCAAUAACAUGUAACUUUGUGCACUUUAAGUGGCACCGAACGGCUGAUUCAAUUGAAUGCUGAAGGUGAUCUGUGGCACUGAUCAACAAAUCUUAACCAAUGUUUAUAAGCAAUCAGAAAAAAGGAAUUCAUGGUAUUGAGGUUCUACUUUAAAUGGUCAAUCUUCAAACAAAACAAUAAUAUUGUUCUAUUUGCAUGUGCAGAGGACAACAGUUGGAGUCAGCCUGAAGUGAAGGGCAGCCCACCUUGUUCCAGACACGGUCAUGUGUCGGUUGCAAUUGGAACAGAUAUUUAUGUUCAUGGUGGAAUGGCUGGAACAGAUAUGUUUGAUGAUCUUUACAGAUUUAACACUGGUAUGCCAACCAGACUUGUUGCAAAAGUCAUAACAUUAUUACACCUUCUGCCCAAAAUAAAAUAUUUUAAAAAAGCAUGAUUAAAACUGAGAUAAAAAAUGAUAUUACAGUACUGUGUCUUAUAUUUUUGAACAAUAAGUGCCUCAUUUCUGCCAGACUGAUACAAAUACAUGUAAAUGGAAAGAAGAGCGUUCAGUGCAAAACACAGACUGCAGACCCUAAAAACAGUAGUCCGCAGUCAGUCUGCAGUCUGCAAUUUACACUGCCGCAAAGAGUGCAUCAUGGGAAAUCCAUGUGCAGUGCAUCCACUGCAGAACACAUUGUUUUCUGUGUACAAGGAGUCAAGGGUAUGCAGGGACAAGUCAGAAAAAACAGUGUACGUAUUUAGAGCUUUACGUAACAGAAAGGAGAAGUGUGACAUCACAUUACCAUCUUAGCAAAAUUUCAGGAUCUCAACAAUUGUUCUUGACAGACAGGAUCAUCUGCAUCAUAGAACAAUGGAUGAAAAGUAUGGGGUAUGGUUUUGUUCCUGCUGCAGUCAUGUACAGGAACGUUAUACACGUCAUUUUUUUCACUAUUAAAUUUUGCAGGACCACGUUUGCUUAGAUCCAGAAAUUUUGCUACCAUGGCAAUGUGACACAACAACUUCUCUCAGAUACACCGUACAAAGAGUCAGUAGAGCCAAAACCAGUGAGUCAUGGAUGUCUCAGCUUUAGAUGAGAACCCAGAUUGGUUACUAACUGUUAAGCAAAACUGAAUAAACUUGUUAUAAUCUUUUUGCCUCUUGUCUUACUAGUUAAUCACACAUGGAGCAAACUCCAGCCAACAGGCCAAGCCCCGUGCUCACGAACAGCCCAUGCUGCAGCAUGCAUUGGACGGAAGAUUAUCAUUCAUGGUGGAAUGAAUUCAGUUGGUGCUGCUCUUGAUGAUGUGCAUACGUUGGAUACGGGUUAAUAAUACUGUGGCAAAGUUUAUUGACCUUUUUCUGAACUAAGUCCAAGUCUUUCCUCAGUAUGCAGUCACUGUUGCUGUUGUUUUGUUUUAUGUAUAAUAAAAAUUAUAAUUAUAUAGCCAAAUAGCCACUAAAUCACAAACAUUUUCCAAAUUCAAGCAGCAACAUCUGGCUGGGUAUUAUCAUCCAACACUUGCAGACUGAGGGAAUUCUCUACUGUCUGAUAUUAGCCCAAUAUGGCUUCAAAAAAAUUAAUUACUUUGAGUUCAGUGUGAAUUGACUUGACCUUUAGGCUAAUCCAUUUUGGCAGCAUUACGUACAUUAAGGUAUGUGCACAGGCAAAUUUUGCAUAUUUUUGCAUCAUUUUUAGUGGUUGUUUUAUGGAUAAUAUCUAUAUGUCACUACCUUGACAGUAUUCCUCAGUUCUUGAGGAACUAGAAUAUAUCAAAAUAAACUAUGUUAUGUCACCCAAAAGGUGUUAAUUUAAUUACCCCCUAGGGUGGCACGGAAAGAGAAAAAUCAAAAUUUCAGAAGAAUCCUUAGAGUUAUUGUUAAAAAAGAAAUGUAACACAAAUAACGACGUAAGAUAGAAUAAUUUUGUGUUUGACUACGACACAGCUCCAAUUAAUCCAGCCUCUAGGGCACAAUUUGCUAUUUUGUAAUUUGACCCAUAUUUUGACAUCAAUAACUCAGCUGUACGGCAAUUCUAACCUUUAGUCAAACACAGAUCUGUUCAUUAACAUGCUCUUUGUGUAUUUGCCAAAUUUCACGAAGAAAUAAUGAUCCAUUCCUCCAAAAAACUGGUUCCCGUAAGUCAAGGUAAAUUGGUCACGCAGUAAUUAACGAUUUUCCAGUGUGAAAAAGCUUAUUUUCUUCUCAAAAUCAACUGUUUUUCCUCGAUACUACCAUCACAGACCUUCUAGCCCGCCAUUUUGAAUCACCGCUGUGUAAAAUGCUCGUGGAAGCCUAAGAAAAUGCCAAAUGACCUCUCUAUAGCCCCCUUGGAUUUUGAUACGUGACCAGUUGCUAGGUGUGACGCAUUUCCGGAAGAUGCGUUACUCAGUGUCAGCUUUAAUGCAGUGAAGCCCGCCGAAGUAUGAAGAUUGAAGAAGAGUUUUAUUCAAAAUUGAAAAGAAUUUCUUCUGUAAAGUGAAAGAAAUUGGCAGAAAAACAGACCAGAGGAUUAGGGGCCAAGAAAACGUUUUACUCUGCCGGCGAAAUUGUCAGAAUAUAUCAAGUGAGAAGACACACCGAUGUAAUGUAAAUUUAAAACAAUAGUAAGCCCUGGAAAACGGAGCAUAUUUCAAGAACAUAACAAAUUUUGACAAGAUGCAAGUAUAUAUUAGUCAUUAGAGAUUUAACAGAAGCAAGAACAAUCAAGUUGGACAUACAGCGGCUGUCGUUUGCCAAUGAAUUCAAGCAGUGAAUAAAUUUUGUUCAGUGCAUCAAUAGAACUUGAUGCUAGCCUGCGUAGCAGGCGCUUGGAGAUAGUGGGCACAAGAAAAAACGGGCGCGCGAGAAGGAGUCGCGUGUCUCCCUCGCGCGCGCCCGUUCUCUCUUUCGCCCACUACUUCCAAGCGCCUGCUACGCAGGCUAACUUGAUGCUGGAAAGAGGAGUCAAAUUGCGCUCCUGCCGUUCUUUUUCUUAGUAACGAAAAUGAAAAUUUUUCUUUAACUUCCGGUAAAUCAGUCAACUUUUGAGUAGAUUUUCUCUUAAAUGCGAAGGCAUAUUUAAAAAAGAACACCAGAUAUGCAUAUUACAUCAUCUGAACUUACUAUAGAAAGAUUUUGAGGGCAAAAUAAAAUGUUGAAAAUUUGCCUGUGCAGAUACCUUAAUAUUAUCAUUAAACUCCUGUGUUAUGAGCUAAUUAUCAUUGCUUCUUAUAGAAACCUUGACGUGGACAAAAGCACAAAUAAAAGGACCUAGUCCAGCUCCACGACUUGACCACACACUUUGUGCUGUUGAGAUUCCGAUAUCAACAGGUAACUGCUGUACCGAACUUGUGGGGCACAAAAUAGCUCACUUAAAUCAUAAAUCCUUCUUUUAUUUAUAUCACCAUCCACUCGUACAUUUCAUCUCCGACCGAUCUCAACAAAAGGUGAUUUUGCACUACUCUCUUUUCCAGCUACUCCGAUUUCAAAUGUCAAUCAAAAAAGGAUAACACUAAUACGAUACUAAAAGAGUCAGAUCCGAUUUAAAUGAGUGUCACAACAUUUCCGGUCAUGUUCCGGUCACUACUAACAAAUUUUAAAAAAUCCUGUCCGAAAAUAAUAGCUCAAUUUAUCUGGUGCAUUUAUUUUCACUUCUAGGUGAUGGUGUAUCUUCACAGGCUGAAAUAGAUGGUAGUCUUCCAGUUCUGUUGAUGUUUGGCGGAAUGGACACACAGGGAGAAAUUUUUAAUGACUGUUUAGUGCUGAUGUCAGAAAGUAGUAAUAAAACAUCCAUUAAAUAAGUAAAAUUUGAAAUUGUCAUUGGUUAAGGUGUUUGUCCAUAGUAAAAUGCUUCUCUUUACUCCCAGGCCUAGGUGAUAAAAGACCGUACAUGUGGAUUAAGUUACCUGUAUAAAGUAGGGAAGCAAUAUCGUGGAAAAGUUUGUUAUUAUUCAUUGUGACAACAAACAAUAAAAUGCAU